AUGAGUUCGAGACGUGUUACAUCCUCUGGAGGAGCAUCUUCUAAAGGCUUUAGCUCAUUUUCAGUAGGAGGCAGCAACAGAGCCAACAAUAGCUCAUCCUCUCAAUGGAGUCGUGCAGGUCUUGUCUCUGCCCCCAGUGCCAACUUUGGGAGUAGAAGCCUCUACAACCAGCAAGCUGGUGGCAGGAUUUCAUCAUCAGGUGGUGGGUUUGGUGGCUCAGGCAGUGGGCUCGGUGGCUCAGGCGGUGGGUAUGGUGGUAGAGGGUAUGGUGGGUCUCAAUCUGCAGCUUCAUCUGAGAUUAUCAGAAAUGUGACCUAUGAUAAAAAACUGUUGGUACCAAUCAUUCUGGGAAUCGAUCCAAACAUUUCAGUUUUUAAGAAAGAGGAAAGAGAGCAGAUCAAGACCCUAAAUAACAAAUUUGCUGCAUUCAUUGACAAGGUUCGAUUUCUUGAGCAACAGAAUAAAGUACUGGAGACUAAGUGGAACCUGUUGCAGCAACAAGGAGGGGGAAGUAAGGCUGGUCAGAAAAGUAACAUUGAACCUAUCUUCAUUGCUUAUAUUAAUAACCUGAAAAGCCAGCUGGACGGCAUAGUGAGCAAUAAGAGCCGCUUGGAGGGAGAGUUACAUAAUGAGCAGGAACGUGUUGAAGAGUUUAAACGCAGGUAUGAGACUGAAAUUGGACAGCGAGCCGCAGCAGAGAACGACUUUGUGCUGCUCAAAAAGGAUGUUGAUGCAGAUUAUCUAGUCAAGGUGGAACUGGAAGGGAGAGUGAAUGCUCUCAGUGAUGAGAUUGCCUUCUUGAAAGCGCUUUAUGAACUGGAGCUUGGGGAAAUCCACCAACAGACAAAUGACACCUCUGUUCUUGUAACAAUGGACAACAAUAGAUCUCUCAACCUAGAUGAUAUUAUUGCUGAAGUAAAGGCUCAGUAUGAGGAAAUUGCCAACAAAAGCAGAGCAGAGGCAGAAGAAGCCUACAAUACAAAGUAUGAGCAGCUGAGGGAUGCUGCCGGCCAGCAGGGGAAUGAGCUGAAGAACACAAAGAACGAGAUCUCACAGCUGAAUAGAGCCAUCCAGAAACUCAAAGCUGAAAUUGAAAGUGUGAAGAAACAGAAUGCCAGCCUUGAGCUGGCCAUUGCAGACGCUGAGCAACGAGGAGAAAGCGCUGUGGUAGAUGCCCGGGGCAAGGUGGUUGAAUUGGAGGCGGCAUUGAACAAUCUGAAGAAGGAGAUGGCUCGCCUGCUGAAAGAAUACCAGGAGCUGAUGAAUGUGAAACUGUACCUGGAUAUAGAAAUUGCCACUUACAGGACACUGCUAGAGGGAGAGGAGGGCAGAAUCUCAGGAGAGAUCACUAAUACAGUCAAUGUCUCUGUUAUAAGUGGAUCUAAUUCUGGAGCAGGUGCUGGUGCCGGUUCUGGUGGUGGCUAUAGUUCUGGUGGUGGCUACAGUUCUGGUGGAGGCUACAGUUCUGCGUAUGGAGGCAACAUCUCAAGUACAUCCACCAGUCUCUCCAGCGCUGGACAGCAACAGAUUAGACGUGGGCCUGUGAAGAUCAUCUCAACAACUGAGAGCCUAAAGUCCAACUACGCUUCCUAACAAAAUUAAUUGUGCAAGAAAUGCAUCCGUUCAAAUGACUGCUUAAUAUGCAGCAUUCAUAUAAAUUUCUAAAUUGAUCCCAAACCACUAUUGUGCUAGGUAACUGCUAUAUUAUAGAGGUGGAGUAAGUGAAAAAUGCCUUUAAACUGCCAUUAUAUUGCUGUGAAAUGAAGUUCAAAUUCUAUUAAAAGAAUAACUACUUAUACCCUUGUUUAGCACUAUAAAAUAAAAAAAAUACAAAUUAGCAAAAGUGGGUGCAAUUUCAAAAAACUUAAGCAUAGAGAGAUUUUUUUAAAGAAAACAAAACGUGAGACAUUAAAGACAAAAACCUACUUUCAAAGUUAAAUGAAGCACACUGCCAUUAAAAACAGCUGUUAGAAUUGAAAGAAAAAAAAUAUUCUCAAGCUGUUUUUUUUUUACUUACUAUACUGAUGACUUUUAUUUUCAUUUUACACUAUCUUCAUAUCUGAUCUUAUUUUAAGCCAUUCUCAGCUUACUCAGUUUCUAUUGCAUAAUUCCCAUAGUGGUCUUUUCCACAUCUAGAUUUUGUGAAGUGAGGUUUGUGGUCUAUCUAACUGUUCAAGGUGGUUUCGCAAAGUGUCCUUAACUAGCAUGUUCAUUCACAAUGUC